AUGGCCAAGAACCACAAAAAAUUGUAAAAAUCUCGGUCUUUGGAUGUUGCAAGGAAUUAUGAAAGCACCUAUCCAUCUGAAGUAAUCUUCGGGCCUAGUCCGCAUUUUAAACACGUAAUCGAUAACUAUCUAAGUUAAAUGCAUUUAUGUCUAGAUUCAUCAAACAACCCGUUUUCGACAAUCAGUGCUGCUUUAAUAAAAGACCCUUUAUCUUUCAUCGUGGUCGGCUCACUUUGUCGUUCCUCGGUCCUGUGUCUCGUUCUAGCACUAUAAGUGAGGGUCAUUCCAGACAUUGAUAUGAAAUUCAAGACCAGAAAUCUAUCCUUGACCAGAAAUUCAAGCUCUAACAGCCAAAGUGGAUGGCCUGACUUUUCGAAGCAAGAACCAGUAUUAUUUCUAUUGCAAAUAUGAAGAUCAACAUCGCCCUCUUCGUGGUAAUUUCAUGCUUUCACGGAAUUCAAGGAUCCCCAUACUUUGUCUCAACACCGACGUCUCCAGCCUACGUGCAACUUGGCUCUGAUGUGAUUUUCAACUGGACCUACGCCUACGCCGCAGAACCAGAUUUUAUAAAAUGGUACAGAGUAUCUCAAGACAAUGUGCAAAUUGGUCUUAGCAUAAUGGUGAAGUCGAAAAAUAACUCACCUGUGAUAAAAAACAAACCAUACGAAGGGAGGAUCGAAUUCAAAGGAAAUGGAAGAAUCCUCUUGAAGAAUAUGUCCCUCAGUGACGAAGGAUACAUUGCAUUUAAUGCUGAUUUCUCUGAUGGGGCACCGCUUUAUAACAAAGCUUUUAUUAAUGUAACAAUUUACCCGUCACUUUCAUCGCCGCUUCCAAACGAGGUUAUUGCAAUAGAGGGGCAGACAUCAAUAUUGCAGUGCACUUUUGAAGCGAGACCAGUUCCGCAAAUCAAUUGGUACUCCAACCAAGUGCUUCUUGUCAAUGGAUCAAGCUAUAAAGUUGAGGCAAAAGUGGUUGGGUAUAGAAGUAAUCUUACGAUUGUACGAAGUACCUUGACAAUACACAGAGCAGCCCUAGCUGACUCAGGCAACAUUUCAUGUGUCGCGGAGAUUCCUUUGGCCCGCCUUCUCUCUUCUACAAACUUCAAAGUUCACUAUCCCCCGAAAAACGUCAGCUUUUUCUCUGACAAGCCAAAUAACACUGCAGUACUUGGCGAUAGAGUCACUUUUACGUGCAAUGCAACAGCUUUGCCAACCAGUUAUUUCGAAAUAUACCGAAAUGGCAUCUUGCUCGCAAAUUCCUCGAACCAGACAUUCACAAUCAAGAGUGCAGCAAUUUCCGAUGAGGGUACAUACCAAUGCACCGCCGCUAAUUACAUUGCUGCAAGAAGAUCUGUGGCCCUCAACCUCACUGUUCAGGUUCCACCCGCUCUGUACGCUAGUUUAAAUGAAACAAUCACGGUCAUCAAAAACUCAUCAGCUAGGCUGUCAUGUACAUUUUAUGGGGAGCCAGUGCCUUCGGUAACGUGGCACAAGUUCAGUGGAAAUGGUGCUAUUGCUGUCGCUUCAUCAUCGAGAAUCUUGAAGACCAACUCUAGUUUCUCAGUUGUUGAGAGUGAGGUGAACUUUCGCGCAGUGGAUAGCAAUGACCAUGGCGUGUACAGAUGCAUAGCAACCAAUUCAAUUGGAUCUAAAGAAAUGAAUAUUACACUAAAUGUUACUUUUGGUCCUGAAUUGGUGCACAACAGCCCAAGUCAAAACAUUGUUCCACUUGGUACCUCCAAUUUCACCCUGUCGUGUAUUGUAAUAUCAAACCCCGCUGCAUUUCUGGAAUGGUUCAUAAAUGGAACAAAAUAUGCGCCUUCUCGCGUACUAUCUGUUUCUGCAUCGGAAUUCAGAGCAGAAAAUCACACUCGAAUCACAAGUAUUCUGAAAAUUGAAUCCAUUGAGAAGAAUCAUUUCUCAAACUACUCAUGCACUGCAACAAACGCUCUUGGUACAGUGACAGCACGAAUGUCAGUUGUAGUCACAUACAAGCCAGAGCUAAUUGCAUCAUCUCCAAGUCAGAUUUUUACCAAUGCCUCAUCUAGUAUUAAGAUGACUUGUGACUUCGAGUCCAAUCCACGUGGCUCUCUCUAUUGGAGAAGGAAUUCAGCAAAUCAACCCAGCUUUUCGUCGCUGACAUCAUUUAAUACGUCAAUGUUACAGUCGCCUUUGCAGUUUUAUAGAUACAGAUCUACAUUUGACAUUCAAAGUUCUAAUCGAUCUCAUUCGGGAGUUUAUACCUGUGGUUCACAAAAUAGUCUUGGUGCAAUUGAAAAGAAUAUGACCUUAGUUGUCAAUUUUGCACCGCAAAAUUUGACUUAUUUAUCUACAAGCUACAUCUUUGUAAAUGGAAGUGGUGCACAAGAACUCGAAUGUUUAUUUGAAGGCAACCCAGAUGUGACAAUCAACUGGUUAUACAAUGGCACAGUACCAAAAAGCCCGUUGAUUAAUAUAACAAGUACAUUGGUGUCGAAAGAUCUUUACCAUGAAAGAAAGAGAAGCAUUCUCAAGAUAAAUGUUGUCGAUAAGAGUAUACAAGGUGUUUAUAGAUGUAUAGCAUCAAAUCACCAGGGCAGUGUGUCCCAAGAAACACAGUUGGUUGUUUUGUACAAACCAGUGAUGUUAUCUUCAUUGUCAUCAAUUAUUAUAAAACAAAGACACGAGAAUGCAUCGUUGUACUGUAAGGUCAGUAGCAAUCCAAGCUCAAAUAUUGUGUGGUACAAGGAUGGUGUCCUGAUAAGACCGGGUCAAAGAUUUGUCAUAAAGAACACAAAUGUAUCAGAGAGCCAAUACCACGGGGUUGCAGAAUCAAUAUUGAAUAUAAGCCAACUGGUGAAAGAGGACUCGGGUGACUAUAAGUGCACCGCUGCAAACAGCGUUGGGACAGCUGAAGAUUACACCCGUCUCAUUAUACAAUAUGCUCCAACAGUGCAGCCGUCUUUUGGAUCUUCUAAAAACGUCACAGAAUCUAGCUCCUCCUACGAGCUAAAAUGCUUAGUUGAAGCCAACCCUAUGCCAACGAUACGAUGGUACCACAACGGAGUGGUCAGCACUGGAAAUGUUUCAAAUACAGUAAUAUCAUCAAACGACACGAAGAGUAUAGUUGAGAGUUCGUUGAAAUUUUAUAAUGGCGUCAAAAGAACGGACAACGGCACUUUCCUUUGCAAUGCAUCGAACCUUAUUGGCAGCGAAUCUAAAUCAGUGAAAGUCAAUGUUUGGUAUGGACCAGAUUUCCUUAUAUUUCUCGAAGGCACAGUCAAUAGUACCAGUUCAUUAAACGCGAGUUUCAAAUGUAAAGCUGUGGGACAUCCUGUGCCUACUCUUGUCUGGUUCAAAUCGAAUGUGCCAAUAAGCAACGUCCCUGUAAAAACUUUUAUAAUAAGUGAUACAGAAACAAUCGUUGAAAGUGAGCUACAUUUGGUGAAUGUGUCAAAGAAUGAUAGCGCGGAGUACAGUUGUGAAGCAACAAGUACUGUACAAUCAAAGAAGCAGACGGUGAAUCUGAAUGUUUUGUAUGAUCCUGUUUUACCUUUUGUGCCGCCUAACAUAACAGCUAACUUCUCGCAAAGAGUGGUGCUCGAUUGCUCCGUUGAUGCGAACCCACCAGUGACACAUUAUCGAUGGACUAAAGAUGGAAAUCUCUUAUCUGAAACAGGACCUGUACAUCGCAUCGGUUCUGCAACGGAAAUGUCAGCAGGAAUCUACAUAUGUACUCCAAUUUACGCUUUGCGACCAACUGCCAACGUUACUUUUAAUUUAAAAAUUCAAGUUCCAGCCAGGAUCACUAGCAUGACCUGCCGACAGACGUGGAAAGAGCAGCUGAACUGCGAGUGCGUAGGAUAUGGCAUCCCGGCUCCUGAACUUUUUUGGACCAAAAACAAUGAAUCAGCCAAAAUAUCAAGUGGAGCCACUUUACUUGUGCCGGUUUUACAGAAGAACGACCAGAGUUUUCACUGUCAUGCCAAAAACAAGCUAGCAAAUGUGGUUGAAACUUACAAUUUAGUUUUAGUUGCUGAUCGUUACGAGCCCUGGUCUCGAUGGGGAUCUUGCAACGUCUCGUGUGGCGCUGGUUAUCAAACAAGAGCACGAACAUGCAAGCCCAACUUUCCAGGCUGUCCUCCACCCUUGUCGGAAACUGAGCCAUGCAAUGGAUCUUGUGUGACGACGCCAAAUGCAACAGCAUCAACAACACCAUUUGCUAGACGAGAAACUCAACAAAGUCAGCAAGAUGAAACAUGGACCGUUGUGCUGUAUGUGUUGAUCCCAGUUCUUGCUGUCUUCUGCAUAAUCCUACUUGUUUGGUUGGCAAAUUCCAGAGGAUGCAGGAGAGAAGAGAAAGAGUUUAUCGUUCCUUUAAACAACAGCCUUUCUCAACCACCCUCGAUAAGAAGCAUGCCAACAAGACGUGGAAUAUACCUGCCUGACAACAAUUUCGGUGUACUGAAUUCAGGGUAUAGACCAGACGGAGUCGAUGUUCUGGCAAUGAAGGAAUCAGGAAAGUAUGACACUGUCGAAGUUGAAAUGGAAUUUGGAAUCGAGGGUCCGGAAAGCACAACCGAGGCUGUUAACAGUAUGCCCAAUGGAAACGGUGAUGUAAACAACACUGUUUUGGAAAAUGGAGACAAUGAUAUUCCAGAGAAUCUAUCUUUUUAUAAUAGUGCCUACACGCAUUUAUAGACAACGGUAGACAAUGUCGAGUGAUACUCGGCAUCAAUCAUUCAGCCUUGUCAAUACGAUGUAGUUUUGUAUGCUUUUACCCUUGAAAAUAAAGCAAUCAAUAAAUUUGAUGAUUGGCAUUGAUACAUUCAGAGAAAAACUGUAUCUUCAAAUUCGUAAAUACUGUGCCAAGCUUUGACAUUAACUUGCAUUUUUGCGGCAGACUGACUUUGCGAGUCAAUAAACGAGAGAUGGCGAGAGACAAAAUUUAAUGCUGUGCAUAUCAUUCAACAAGCCUCGUUUCAAAAGGUCGCUCGUAUUCAGAACUAUUCAGGAAACUACUUAUAUCAACUAUAAACGACAUUAAGAGAAGCAGCUUAGAAUGAUUAAUUAUUGCAAAUAUGAUUAAAUGCAAUCGACAGAUAUUUUAGAGGCUCGAGCCAUCUGUAAACCAACUACUGGCCAAUCAAUAAAUGUGAGUGGUACAACGCUUUGUGAUUGGCCAGUUUUGAUUGACAGAUGAGGCAUCAGCCGCUUAUUAUCUGCCGACUGCCUUUAAGCCAUGCACAAGACAUGCACAUGCACAAAAAUCAUAUUGCAAGUAAUAAAAAUUCGUUAUAACUUAUAGAUAUUCUGCAAAAUUGCUAAAUGCUUUUGAAAAAGCUAACAAUAUUAAUCCACUUUCCAAAGUAAUAUAUAUAAAGCUCGCAUUAUGUUGUAUCAAGCCCCAUUAAGACGCUCUCAACAUUUCACUGCAAUGUUCAGGCUUUAUGCUGUGAGGCGUUUCCAAUUGUUCCUGAGCUUCUCAGCAAGGUUUCAGAGCGCAAUACGCACAGAUAUGUCGACUCGAAUGUGCGAGCUUCAACGUGUUAUUUCGUGUAAUUCAAAAGCAAGUGGUUUGCUUUCUAUUGACGUACCCAGGUAAUGCAAGAUUUACCACGUACCACGUUAAAGGAGGGCAUAUUUUACUCCUUUAACCAUGCUAGGGAAAUAAAACCCCAGGGCCACGCCACCGGGGGGCCGGGGUUGCCAUGCCCUCCUACUUUUUUGCAAAGCAAAUAGUUUUAAAGCUGAAGUAAAAGGGGAAGAAGCCUUAGCCCCAUCUUUUGCUAGCCUUGGCUCCCACUUUUAUAUUCGUGCCGUGGGUUCUUGCGUCUUAUGUCUUUUUCACAAGGAAGUGAGAGCAGUUCACAAAAAAGAUAGGUUUUAUAUCGAAUUACGUCGUUGGGAAAGCAUGCUACCAUGGGAUCGAACAAAGUGCGAUAGGUGUUUGUAUAAACAGGGAGUAGAAUGUAGACUGUAAAAAGGUUUUUGUAUAAUUUAGAAUGGUUGUCAUACCAAAACGAAAGCAACUAAGCUAGUUUUCAUGUAAUCAGAAUUGCCCAAGCAAACUCUUUCAAGUAAAUAACAAGGUUGUGUUAUUCUUGACUCCAUCUAUAGGCCCAAUAAUAAGGUUGUGUCUGAUGUCAUUCUUGACUCCAUAUAUAGACCCUUUCAUGACAUUGGAUGUAAAGACAGAAUCAAAUUUCACUUCGAUUUUACAUGCUUUGUAAAUCAUAUAUCCAGUUAAGACUUGUGAAUUACGAAAUUUGAAGAAAGUAUGAAUAAGCUGAAACCUACCAUGAGGAAUAGACAGGAAAUUUUGUAGAAAAAACUAACCAACUGCUUAGCCUCAAGUUUUUCUUCACAUUUUAACUAAAGCACUAAGUUUUCAAAUCCAAGAUGGACCAAAAAUUAUCACUGAAAGUUACUUGUUUUUGAUGACGUCAUAAAGAAUAAUAAAAUUGCUUUAAAAAAACAAAGACUUGAUCUAAACUUUUACUGCAUUUUUCCACUAAAUUAACUGUGCUGAUUUCGAUUCCAAGAUGGAGUAAAAAAUAAAUUGGAAGAAAGUCAAAAUGUUGAUGACGUCAUCAUUUUUAGAGAAAAUUUACUUUGCACCGCCUUAAAUUUUCUCGCAACUAUAACUGUCAAUAAAGUUCCGUAUUCAAAAAGAAUAUAUUCGGUGUUUCUAAACGUUUUCACAUGAAGUUAUCAUCAUUUUAUGACGUCAUCAUCAUUUAUGGGUACUUGGAUAUCAUGGGAAUGCAAACCUACAGAUUUUUAACCAGUGAAUAAUAACAAGUCAAAAGGAAAUUUGGUUGGAUAGGAACAAAUAUGGAAUCCAUUCUUCGUCAUCACUGUCUUCUUCGAUUUAGCUCUCAAAAAAAAGUUUAAGUUCAACUCAUCUUGAUCUGCCUCAAGCUGAUCACCGUUAUUUCCCAUGACCUGGUCCUCAUUGGUUAUGGCAUCCGCUUCAACUUUAUCGGUAGAGCACUGCAGAUCUUGCUGCUGUUGGGCAAUGGAUGUCUGUGUCUGCAGCCCAGCAAAAGAUGAGAAUCAAUUGUUUUAAAAAGCUGGAGGACUGACUCUAAUAUUUUCUUUAGAUCUUCACAGCUUUUUUAGAUUUAACGUAACGGUCGACUAGAUUCUCGUCAAGUCGUCCAAACUUGUUUUAUCGAAAAUUUUUGCCUGUAUACCACACUGGUAUUACCAGCUCAUUCUCUUCAUCGAAACUCUAACCAAAACUUUCAAAGGCGAUUUCUCUGAUAGUCCUCAUUUUGUAAUAAAGACUGUAGUAAAUGCAUGUCUCAGUGAUUCUGGAUCUGAUUGUAGAGCUUCUGAUUACUUGGUCUUCAUUGCUUUUUAUAGCGUCUGAUGACUUACGCAAAAUUGGUUGCAUUCACGAGAGUAUCUUGUCUGCCUCAUUCCAACUCCCUCAUUUCAACACUUUUCCAGAAUACUUCUUUAUCUUUUCUUUAAUUCU